UUCAUGACACUCACUCUCUCUAGCAAAUCCUCUUCUCUCUCCCUUCUCACCACUCUCUCUCUUUCUCUCUCACAUCUGACAAGAGAGAGAAACAGUCACAGAAACAGGGCACAUGAGAGAGAUCAAGGAGCACAGCACAAUGUGCAGCAGGAGUAGUAGCAGCUUCUUCUUCAGCCUCUUCCUCCUCAUUGGACCAAUCUUUUCCCUUUCUUCUUCAACUUCCGUCAACAGAAGAAUCCUCCACCAACCCUUUCUGCCUGAAGGGGGUUCCCCACCUCCCUCUGUUCCCCCAAGCCCUCCUCCACAGCCAUCUCCUUCACCUUCACCUCCAAACCCAAAGUACCCAUUUUCCACCACACCCACCACCAAUGCUUCCACACCCUUCUUCCCCACAUACCCUUCUCCCCCACCUCCUCCCUCUCCUUCAGCCUUUGCUUCUUUCCCUGCUAACAUAUCCUCCCUCAUCCUUCCCCAAUCCUCAAAGUCCAAAUCUUCCUCAAAAAAACUCGUCGCCGUCGCCAUCUCCGCCGUCGCAUGCGCCCUCGCAGUUGUCGCCCUCUCAGCCUUCGUCUACUGUCGCCGCCGACGUCAAAGCUACUCCGCUGACGAGAAAACACUCAGAUCCGACAGCAGCAUCCGCCUCUUCCCCCGUGAAGCUUCUGUUGCCACUGGCGGGGGCCGCAAACCGAGAAACACCUCCUCUACCAGCUCGGAGUUUCUCUACCUUGGCACCAUUGUUAACUCCCGUGGCGGCGGUGUCGAUGAGCUCUCUGAGCCGCACGUUGCUGCGUUGAACCCCCGUAAAAUGGACUCGCCGGAGCUUCAGCCGCUGCCACCGCUGGCGAGACAGGCUUCCAGGCUUAGAGAGGAAACGGCGGCGACGGUGGAGGAUGAUGAAGAGGAGUUCUACUCGCCGAGAGGGUCGUUGAAUGGAAGAGAAGGCUCCACCGGAACCGGAUCGGGUUCUCGGCGAGUUUUCUCUGCCAUUGCCGGAGAAAAUUUAGUUGGUCGUAGCAGCAGUGAGUCUACCAGUUCAUCUUACUCUUCUUCCUCUUCUGCUUCCCCGGAUCGCUCUCAUUCCAUUAGUCUCUCUCCUCCUGUGAGCAUAAGUCCCAGAAGAUCACAACCCAAGUCGCCUGAAAAUACCGUAGUACACCAUUCUCCACCGCCACCACCAGCGGCGAUUAGAAGAUCGCCGUCCUUGUCCACACUGUCGUCGCCUUCGCCGGGUUUCGGGCAGCACAUGCCGUCGUCGUCUUCAAUGUCGUCGACGCCGGAGCGAAGGGAGUGUCAGUCGCCAUCGCUGUCUCCGCUUUCUCUGUCGCCGAGGAAAAACCUAAACCCAAACCCAGGUGGUGAAUCAUCCCCAGGACUUGUUUUACUUGAAAAGACGCAAUCUUUUGGCUCGUCUAAGUCCAAAAGCGACAUUGGGUCGCCGAGAUUGUCCAAUGCUUCUUCCAUUGGGAAGUCCUCGGCGUUUUCUUUGCCGUCGCCGGAUAAAGGGAUGAACUUGCAUCACGGGUUGGAUCAGUCUCCGACCAUAUCCGAUGUUUCAGAUCGGUUUAGACACUCUCCUCUGUCAUCAUUACAUUUGUCACCGACAUUACUUUCAUCGCCGGAGAGGGAGUUGAGCCCUCCGUCUCAGCCACAUCCACAGCCACAGCCAGAGCCACAGCCUCAGCCUCAGCCUCAGCCUCAGCAUCAGCCUCUGCCUCAACCUCAACCUCAAUCUCAACCUCAACCUCAACUGCCACCUUCACGCAAACACUGGGAGAUUCCUGACUUAUUGACACCAAUCGGCGAAACACCGAUGUUUUCAGCUCCUCAGAGGAAACAAUGGGAAAUUCCGGUUCUUUCGGUACCAAUUGCUCCAUCGAGUAGUAGUGUUUUAGCCCCUGCUCCACCACCGCCGCCGCCACCACCUCCGCCAGUUCCGCGGCAACGUAAGCAGUGGGAGAUGCCAGUGCCUUCUCCCGUGACGCCAGUGGGUCAACAGGUUUCGAAGCCGCCUGCACUGACGCCUCCUUCCAGGCCUUUUGUGUUGCAAACCCCAAAUACAAUGGUUUCUCCGGUGGAGUUGCCACCUGUUAGUUCCCAGAAUUUCGAGGAGAGCUCUGAGGAGUCAUCUAAACCUAAGUUGAAGCCUUUGCAUUGGGACAAAGUGAGGGCAAGCUCUGAUCGUGAGAUGGUGUGGGAUCAGUUGAGGUCCAGCUCUUUUAAGUUGAACGAGGAGAUGAUCGAAACUUUGUUUGUAGUAAAUACGCCAAACCCAAAACCUAAGGACACAACUCCUCGCUCGGUUCUUGCCCCGCAAAAUCAAGAGGAUAGGGUGCUGGAUCCUAAAAAGUCCCAGAACAUUGCUAUCUUGUUAAGAGCACUUAAUGUGACUAUAGAAGAAGUGUGUGAAUCACUGUUAGAAGGUAUCACUGAUACACUUGGAACCGAACUGCUUGAAAGCCUGUUGAAAAUGGCACCAAGCAAGGAGGAAGAACGGAAACUGAAGGAACAUAAAGACGAUUCUCCAACCAAGCUUGGUCCUGCUGAGAAAUUUUUGAAGGCAGUGCUUGAUGUACCUUUUGCAUUUAAAAGGGUGGAAGCAAUGCUUUACAUAGUCAAUUUUGAGUCCGAAGUGGAGUAUCUUAGGAAAUCCUUUCAAACUUUGGAGGCUGCCUGUGAAGAACUUCGAAACAGUAGAAUGUUCUUGAAGCUUCUGGAGGCCGUGCUCAAAACCGGCAACCGGAUGAACGUGGGGACGAACCGAGGCGAUGCACACGCAUUCAAACUCGAUACACUUCUCAAGCUCGUUGAUGUCAAAGGCGCAGAUGGCAAAACCACUCUACUUCACUUUGUGGUACAAGAAAUCAUCAGAACCGAAGGCGCUCGUCUCUCAGGCGCCAACCAAACAGCGGGCGCGAAUUCGAACGACGAUGCCAAGUGUAGAAGGCUUGGCCUGCAAGUAGUGUCUAGUCUGAGUGCCGACCUGGCGAAUGUGAAGAAGGCAGCUGCAAUGGACUCUGAAGUCCUAAGCAGCGAGGUGUCGAAACUCUCGAAAGGAAUGGCACACAUUGCAGAGGUUUUGAAGUUGAACGAAGCAGCAGGAUCAGAUGAAAGCAAGCAUAAGUUCAGAGAGUCAAUGAACAGGUUCACAAGAAUGGCUGAGGAGGAGAUACUAAAAGUGCAAGCACAAGAAAGUGUGGCUUUAUCCCUUGUGAAGGAGAUCACGGAGUAUUUCCAUGGGAACUUGUCAAAGGAAGAAGCUCAUCCGUUUAGAAUCUUCAUGGUGGUGAGAGACUUCUUAACAGUUCUUGAUAGGGUGUGCAAAGAAGUUGGGAUGAUAAACGAGAGAACGAUGGUUAGUUCUGCGCAUAGAUUCCCUGUCCCUGUGAAUCCUAUGCUUCCACAACCUCUUCCUGGUCUUGUCGGAAAGAGACAGUACAAUUCCUCAGACGAUGAUAGUCCAUCUCCUUAGCCGUUCAUCACUCAUCACAGUGUCACAUCUUCGGCUGCAUCUUCACUUAGGAAAAACCUGGAACCAGGUGAUUUUGAUGGGUCUGGGGGGUGCAUGUAUGGUCUGGCCCAUUUUUUUUUUUCUUGUUAAAUUGUAAAAAUCCCUGUAAAAGAUUUGAGUUAUAUAUAUAUAUUAUAGAUUAUAUA